AUGGCGGCCUCACCGAGGUUGGCAGCAGCGCGCUUGCGCCUCCUUCGGCAAGUGUCGCAGACUGCCAGCCGGCGGCGUCUCGUGACGACACACACAGCCAGGGACGAGACCUGGCCGCAGAGAACGCCCUUGGGGGGAUACUACGAGGACAUACUCCACGAUCCGAUCCCGUACCCGUUCAGCCACAAACCCGAAGAGCCUCCAAGCACGGCCGACCCCAGCGUGCUGCCACCGAGCAAAAAGCCUGAGACGACAAAGAAAACGAAAACACCCACGUCCCGCAAGACCGGCGUAACAGCCGCGCCCUCCGUGGAGACAUCGCCGCCUGUGCCAUCACCGCCUCCCCAGACCGCCGCAGAGAAGGCGCGCAUCGUCUUCGGCUCGCGACUCCUCGGUCCCGCCGAACAGGCCGACCGCCUCGCGCUCAAGAAAUCGCAGUCCACCUACAUCGCGGGCGUGCUCGUGCCGCCCCGGCCGGACGAGCCCGACAACUGCUGCAUGAGCGGCUGCGUCAACUGCGUCUGGGACCGCUAUAGGGAUGAUAUGGAGGAGUGGUCCGCCUCAAAGAACGAGGCGCAACGGCGGCUCAAGAAAGGCUCCGGAACGAUGGACUCGGACGGCGGUGGCUCUGAGACCAACUGGGGAGUCACCAUCGGUGACGCCAAGAUUACCAAGGACAUGUGGGAGGAGGACGUGUUCAAGAGCGUGCCAGUCGGCAUCCGCGAGUUUAUGAAGCAGGAGAAGAGGCUCAAGGAGAAGCACGAACGAGAGGGAACUUUGGGAGGUUGA